AUGACACUUCAAGAUGCUCAAGCAACACCAGAAUUGGUGACGGGUCCACUUUUUGUUUUGGAUAGAAAUGUUACUGUACUUAUUGAUCUUGGUUUAACACAUUCAUUUGUUGCAUCAUCUAUCAUUAUGCAUUUGGGUAGACCACUUUCAUCACUAGAUAGUAAAUUAUUUAUUUCUACACCAAUAGGGGAAGUGGUAGUGGUUGUAAAUGAAUAUCGGGAUUGUGUAUUACAAUUGGGGGAUAGACAGUUAAAGGUGAAUUUGAUAUCAUUGGGUAUACCAAACUUUGAUAUCAUUUUAGGUAUGAAUUGGCUAUCUGUGUAUCAUGUUUCAAUAGAUUGUUUUCGGAAAGAAGUUGUAUUUCAGAUACCAGGGGAGCCAGAAUUCAUAUUUACUAGAGAAAGAAAUGUUAUUCCAAACUGUCUCAUAUCAGCUAUACAAACCAAUAAGUUGUUGAAGAAAGGGUGUCAGGGUUACUUGGCUUAUGUGGUUGAUACUAAAAAUAAAGAUGUGACAUUUGAAAGUGUACCAGUGGUAAGGGAAUUCACAGAUGUGUUUCCAAAAGAAUUACCGGGGUUGCCAAUGGACAGAGAGGCCAUGACUAAGCACGAGACUAUUGCCAAGAGGCAACACGGGCCUCAGAGACAUAUCAGACCUAGGAUAGAAGAACCAGCAGAGCCCUCUCAUAUACAAGAGGAGCCAUUAGAGCCUACUCCACUUCAGCCACCUGCCCAUGAGGCUGAGGAUGAUCAUAUUCCAUCUACUUCUGAGGCUUAG